AUGUUUAGAACAGCAUUAAAAGCCCCAAUUACCAACACCCUAAGGUUCCAAGCCGCAAGACAAACCAGAUCAAUUGCCCCAGGUUUUGUCAGAUUCUAUAGUGAAGAGGCUAAAAAAACUGAAGAAUCAGAAACUAAAACAGAAGAAACUAAUGAAGCUACUAAUGAAGCUACUGAUGAAGUUUCUCAAUUAAAAGCAGAAGUUGAAAAAUCUAAAAAAGAUUUAGCUGUUUUCAAAGAUAAAUAUUUAAGAGCCAUUGCAGAUUUCCAAAAUUUACAAGGUUCAACAAAACGUGAAAUUCAAAAAUCAAGAGAUUUAGCAUUAAAAUCAUUUGCAAAAGAUCUUUUACAAACUGCUGAUACUUUUGAUAUUGCUUUAGCUACUUUAGAAAAAGAUGCUGCUGAUCCAGAAAAUCGUUCAAAAGAAAUGAAGGAUUUAGUUGAAGGUGUUAAAUUAACUCAAAAUAUGUUCAAUAAUACUUUGAAAAGACAUGGUUUAGUUAGAUAUGAUCCAGUUGAUGUUCCAUUUGAUGCUAAUAUCCAUGAAGCUGUUUUCUUUGUCCCACAACCAGAUAAAGAACCAAAUUCUGUUUUCUUUGUUCAACAACCUGGUUAUUAUUUAAAUGAACGUGUUUUACGUCCAGCUAAAGUUGGUGUUGUUAAAGGCCCAGAAUAA